UUCUUAUUUUCUAUAUAUAUAUAUACAUGCCAAAAUCACCUUACUUUAAACAAUCUACCACCACCAAAAUCAAAGUAAACAACAAUGAUCCUUUGAAGAAAACUAUACCUGAUUAUCUCGACUAUGACCUACGUGUUUUAUUUAUUGGUAUCAAUCCUGGUAUUACUAGUGCAGCAAGAGGUCACCAUUUUGCAGGACCUACCAACCAUUUUUGGCCUUGUCUUUCUGAAAGUGGUCUAGUGGACAGAGUAUUGACAUGUAAAGACGAUGUUACAAUGACUGCAGAAUUCAAUUUGGGAAUCACCAACUUAUCAGCACGUACAACAAGAAGAGCUUCAGAUUUGACACUAGCAGAACAACGCGAAAAUGCACCAUUACUCACAGAAAAAAUAAGUAAAUAUCGACCUAGAGUGGCCUGUUUUGUUGGAAAAGGAAUAUAUGAAAUCUAUCUAGGGAAAACAAAAGGUAUUAAGAUGGGAUUACAACCAAAUACAAUUCCUUGGUCCAAUGGAAAAGGUGCUACCAAAUUAUUUGUUAUGCCAAGUACAAGUGGGAUUGUGUCUGCUUAUCAAAAAAAGGACAAACUCGAAUUCUUUCAACAAUUAUGUAUAUUAGUGAAUCAAGAAAAUUAGAUUUUAAAAUUUGUGUAUAUAAUAGAUGUGUCUGCAUUGCCCAGUCUCGCGAAUGAUGAUUGGAGGCGGGUUGUGAAUAUUAUUAGAAAAAAAAAAAGAAUAAAUGUAAAUUUUUUGAAGAGCCACUUGGUUGUUUUUUUUUUUUUUUUU